UCGACUCAAGUUGUUACCUAUGUUGAUUUUAAAGGACUUAAAUGCUCCACUUUAUUGAUUUACUUAUUUAUCUUUUUAUUUAUUGUAAUAUAUUAUAUUGCUCAUAUUGCAGGUACCAUAAGUUGACAAAUGUGCCUAAUGCAUGAAGAGCCUAGUUAACUCUAUAAAAAUGGGCAGAAUUUGGUGUGAGCAGCUGCACACCUCUGUACUGCUGACAUUGUUAUUGUUGACAUCUGUUCUCCUUGUCCUGGUGCAUGAAAACCAGGACGUUUUAUAUGCCUUUUCACCAUCAGAGAAAAUCUGGCAUAUUCUAAAUAUCUCAUACAGGACUGUACAAUCCCAAAAGGACUUUGGCAAUAUUCUUAUGACUGGCUCUAAAGCUAACCGUGAUCAGUGUGGUAUAGCUGUGGAGAGCCGAAUUGACUGUGGCCGUGACAGAUCUUUGAGUCACGCUGAAUGUUUGGACAGAAGAUGCUGUUAUGUGCCCCAACCACAGUCUGGAUCCAGAGGACCACCAUGGUGCUUCUACCCAGUCCGUUACCCAGGUUACAACAUGGGGCCCCUGUUACCCAGCGAUAGGGGUCAAAGGGCCAACCUGACCCGUUCCAAACCCUCUUACUUGCCCUGGGACAUCUCCACACUACAACUAGAUGUAAUGGCUGAAUCUUCAGGUCGUCUCCACAUCACUCUGAAGGAUCCAUUAUCUUCUCGAUAUGAAGUCCCCUUCGUGACCUCUUAUUCCAGGGGCCACAGCGACAAACAAGACCUCCUCUAUGAUGUGGAGUUUCAGCCAGACCCUUUUGGGUUUAUUGUACGUCGUAAAUCCAAUGGCUGUGUUCUUCUCAAUACCACAAUAGGACCCCUCCUGUUUGCAGAUCAGUAUCUACAGAUUUCGACUUCUCUAGCUUCCUCUAUGAUAUCUGGACUAGGUGAACAUUACACACCCAUCACACUGGACUUGAACUGGACCUCUGUUUCAUUAUGGAACAGAGACAUGGCACCGCAUAGAAGUGCCAACCUGUAUGGCUCUCACCCCUUCUUCUUGGUCCAAGAAGGUGAUGGAAAGGCACAUGGGGUCUUCCUUCUCAACAGCAAUGCAAUGGAGGUGGCUUUGCAGCCCGCUCCAGCAUUAACAUGGGUGACCAUUGGAGGAAUUCUGGACUUCUACAUCUUCUUAGGCCCAAGUCCACAGAGCGUGGUUCAACAGUACCAUGAGGUUAUAGGUUACCCCAUGAUGCCACCCUACUGGUCACUAGGCUUCCACCUCUGUCGAUGGGGUUAUACUUCCACCAACAUCACAAGAACAGUGGUACAGAUCAUGCGCCAAUCCAAGUUCCCUCUAGACGUACAAUGGAAUGAUCUUGAUUAUGCAGACCAAAGAAGAGUCUUUACAUUUGAUCCGCACCGGUUUGGAGAUUUGCCCCAAAUGGUUCAAGAGUUACAUCAGCUGGGCAUGAAGUAUGUACUCAUACUGGAUCCAGGCAUCAGCAGUUCAAGUCCUCCUGGUUCAUACAAACCCUUUGAUGAUGGUCUGAAGAGUGGAGUGUUCAUCAACAACUCCAGUGGACAGAUACUUAUUGGGAAGGUAUGGCCAGGUCCAACAGCAUUCCCAGAUUUUACCAAUCCUACAACAAAGGACUGGUGGAUGGACUGUAUCAGAAGCUUUCACUACAAGGUACCAGUGGAUGGACUUUGGAUAGACAUGAAUGAACCGUCUAAUUUUGUCCAGGGCUCUGUGGAAGGAUGUCCUGUUACUAAAUUGGAGGAACCACCAUAUACCCCAGGUGUGAUUGGAGGCCAGUUAAACUCAGGAACACUGUGUAUGUCCGCUCAGCAGUAUCUGUCCAAUCACUACAAUCUGCACAAUCUCUAUGGGUUCACCGAGGCCAUCGCGACUCACAGCGCGUUGCUGAAAGUGAAGCGUACUCGACCUUUUGUCCUGUCCCGGUCGUCUUUCCCCGGACUAGGCCGUUUCUCUGCACACUGGACAGGAGAUGUGCAGAGCGACUGGGAGCAACUGCGGUUUUCAAUACCUGGUGUGCUGCUGUUCGGACUCUAUGGCAUUCCGUUAGUGGGAGCUGACGUGUGUGGAUUUGGUGGGGACACGACUGAAGAGCUUUGUGUGCGCUGGACACAACUUGGAGCCUUUUACCCCUUUAUGAGAAAUCAUAACGACAAGCCAAAUGCUCCCCAGGAGCCGUAUGUAUUCAGCAGACAAGCCCAAGACUCCAUGAGGGCUGCGGUAAUGCUGCGAUACUCUCUCCUGCCUUUCCUCUACACGCAGUUCCACCAUGCACACACCUCUGCCCGCACUGUGGCUCGUCCCCUCUUCAUUGAAUUCCCCACUGAUCCAAAUUGCCAGAGCAUUGAUAAGCAGUUUCUAUGGGGGAGUUCAAUACUUAUCAGUCCGGUUUUGGAGCAGGGAGCGGUGGAGGUGAUAGCAUAUCUCCCUCUAGGGACUUGGUACAGUCUGCACAAUGGACAGGCAUAUCACAGUAAUGGGCAAUACAUUCUGUUUCCUGCCCCACUGGACAUCAUCAACGUUCACGUGAGAGAGGGAAGCAUCAUUCCACAACAGGUUCCUGCAUUGACUACUACUGCGUCACGUAGAAACCCUUUUAUCCUAAUCGUGGCACUCUCUGUAGGGAGCUUGGCCAAAGGGGAGCUCUUCUGGGAUGAUGGAGAAAGUUUGGACACUUUUGAAAGGGGAGAUUACUCAUACAUUCACUUCUGGGCUGAAGAGUCUCAUUUGGUCGGUAAGCCAGUGAAAUUAAAUGGAUCUCUUGAUCAUUUGGUCCUCGGGGAAGUGCGUGUUUUUGGGGUUCAGACACUUCCUACAGCUGUGUGGGCCAAUGGAGAGAAAGUUUGUGACUUCUCAUACAGCUCAGACACCAAGGUUCUUACAGUGCCUGGUCUGGAUUUACUCAUGACAGCCAUGUUCACAAUACAGUGGAGUUGAUAUAAGGAUGAAGGCCCUGCGAUUGUACUGCUGUGUAAAUCUUCUGUGUAAAUGCUUGUGCAAUUGUUUAUAUUAUUGUGUAUGUCAUUAUCAUCAAUAAUGCACUGAAUGUUUAUAAACAAUGUAUGUUUUGUUGAAUUUUAUAUUGAAUGUUGAAUGCUUUAUUUAGUGUUUAGAAUUGUGAGUCAAUCAUAAAUUAAUGAUACAAUGCUUUGUGGUUGUUUUUUAUUUUUUUAUUAAUUCAGUGACAAAAUAAUUAACACAAAGUAUGAUGAAUUAAAUACAAUGAUAACGAAAUAAUAAACUAUCUUUAUAAUAUGUUCCAAAGAGCAUGCUGUGUGCUUCAAUGCAAAGAAAAUAAAUUUAAGGAAUUUUGUUAUGAAACUUCAAUGCGUAAAUCUUAAAAACAUCCUGAAAUAAAAAAAAACAUUUAAAGUGUGGAAACAAGGUAAUGUGUCCUUUUGAGUGAGUGAACAUGGCCAACACCACAAAUUUGCCAACAUUUAAAAAGUGACCUAGAAAACGAUUCCUUCCUCAUUUUACACCAUAUUUUUUCUGUUUUGAAAAUGUUUUAAAUCCCCAAACUUUGUUUAUUUAAAGGUUUAAAUGAAAAGUAAAUAUGAGAUUUUCAGAGUGGCCUCUCAGACCACUGGACCCCUCAUGUAUUGAAUGUUUAUAGGGAAUUGAAGACAGGUUUGAAUCAGCUUAAAUAGUGAUUCUAUUUAUUUAUUUGCAAACAAAUCCACACUUUUUCAUGUUUUGGUGCA